AAAAAAUCUUAAAAAAAGGUUGUGAAAAUUAAAUCUAAAAUUCUGGAUACUUUUGGAUAUAAAUAUUUUCAAAAUAAAAUGGGAACUGGCGACAGACUUCUAGAUAUUCCGUGUAAAGUUUGCGGUGAUCGUAGCUCUGGAAAGCAUUACGGAAUUUAUAGUUGCGAUGGUUGUUCUGGUUUCUUUAAACGGAGUAUUCAUCGUAAUCGUAUAUACACCUGUAAAGCGACGGGUGAUUUAAAAGGUAGAUGCCCUGUCGAUAAAACACACAGAAAUCAAUGUCGGGCCUGUCGUUUAGAGAAAUGCUUCCAAUCAGCAAUGAAUCGCGAUGCUGUACAACAUGAGAGAGGACCAAGAAAACCAAAAAUCCAUCCGCAAUUACAUCAAAGUCAUAAUGGUCAUCAUCAUCAUCACCAUCACCACCAUCAUCAGAUGCAUCAUGGGCAUCCAAAUGCACCGCACUUGCCAGUUUCCUUAGUAACAAAUGUUUCUGCAUCGUUUAAUUAUACGUCACAUAUUAAUACCGCAGCUGCUUCAAGUUUUCCACAUCACGCACCCCCACCGCCUCCACCACCUGCACCACAUCAUCCAGCUUUAUCACAACAUCACAGCCAUUCGAAUAUGCAUGGACAUGUUCCACCACCCCCUCCAGGAAUAUCAUUUCCACCAUUUUUACCUCAAAUGCACCCAAGCCUUAUAGAUUCGGCAAAAAUGCAAUCAGAUAGAGUUCCAUCCUUUGAUUUAACAUCAACAUCAACAGGUGGAAGUGGAGAAUUUUAUAAAUCAUCUGGAAUUCAAACACAACUGUCGUCUUCAUCAUCGCCCAGUCAUACAAUUCAAAGUAUAUCAAGUGUUGGUGGUCCACUGUCAGAAGGCACUGGCAGCCCGAAAUUGAAUGUUGAAACAACACCCUCAACAACACCACCAUUAAACAGUCACACUAUAUCAUCUAGUGCAUCCACAACAGCAGCUGAAAAUAUCAGUAUUAAUAGUCAAAAUACACAAAACGGGUUUUUAGAAAUCAUACUAGGGCAGGAUAAAUGCCAAGAAAUUAUUCAAUAUCAAGUUUCCAAUGCUAUUCUGUUUCCACCAUUACCUCAAAGUUUAGUAGCUGGUAUAGAUUCCCGAAUGUUUUCUUGGGAAAUGUUGCAAGAAACAACGGCACGUUUAUUAUUUAUGGCAGUACGAUGGGUACGAUGCCUAAUGCCUUUUCAAACUCUGUCAAAAAAUGAUCAACAAUUAUUAUUACAGGAAUCAUGGAAAGAAUUGUUUCUUUUAAAUUUUGCUCAAUGGAGUAUUCCACUUGACUUAGCACCUAUCCUAGAGAGUCCUUUGAUUAAAGAAAGAGUUUUACAGGAUGAAGCAACACAAACUGAAAUGAAAACUAUUCAAGAAAUUUUAUGUCGAUUUCGCCAAAUUACACCAGAUGGUAGUGAAGUUGGAUGUAUGAAAGCUAUAUCAUUAUUUGCUCCAGAAACUCCAGGGUUAUGUGAUAUACAACCAGUUGAAAUGUUACAGGAUCAAGCUCAAUGUAUAUUAUCUGACCAUGUUAGAGUUCGUUAUAAUAGACAACCAACAAGGUUUGGACGUUUACUCUUAUUAUUACCGUCUUUAAAAACUAUACGUGCAUCAACAAUUGAGGCACUGUUUUUUAAAGAAACUAUUGGUAAUGUUCCCAUAUCAAGAUUAAUACGUGACAUAUAUAUAAUGGAGCAAUAUAACGGUGUAGCUGGAGGAGCUGGAGGACGAAAAUAA